AUGCCGGAUGAACAUAGCAAACGUCAACGUGUCAGCAAAGCAUGUGAGCAGUGCCGAAGGAAAAAAGUCAAAUGUGAUGGCGCUCAGGCUGUGUGCAGUAAUUGUGUUUCAUUAGGGCUGCCAUGCACAUACAAGGAAUCAACAAAGAAGAGAGGACCUCCCAAAGGUUACAUUGAAGCCAUUGAAGGAAGAUUGCAUAGAUUGGAAGCUCUCUUGGGCAGCAUUAUCCAAGAAGAUGAUCCUCGCUCUCAAGCUAUUCUGGCCGAAUUGAACGCUCCUCUAGAAACUGCUUACGGUGAACUCGUUCGACCUCGUCCUGCUCGCAAGGAUGGCCUCGACGAUCAACUACAUACCACCAAUGAAGCUGUGUUACAUGAUGCACCGUCUAUUUCCAUUACAAACAAUAAUGACGAGCAUAUGCCGCAAGCCAAUUCCACUGAAGAGAAUGCCAACGAAACCUUGGGAAACCUGUCUAUUGAUGAGAGCGGUCAGCUGCGCUACUAUGGCAAAUCAUCCGGCUUUUACAUGUUGAGAGGUAGUAAAAACUUUCAGAAUGGUGCCUUCCAUUUCAACUCCAGAGGUUAUCAUCGUACAAAGCGUCCUGACGGUCAAAAGGUUCUGCCAAAUCCCUUAGCCGUAGAUCCAUUCGAGCUGCCUCCUCCUGAUUUAUCCAAGCAUUUGCUCGAUUUGUAUUUCACUCAUUUCUAUCCAUUAUUGCCACUCCUACACAAGAAAUCCUUUUUGGCUUCUCUUGAGCCCGAUCAAACACCUCCUCCACCCCUGCUGUUGAAUGCUAUCUAUUGUGUGGCAUCUCGUAUCUCACCUGACGUCAGAGUGAGAUCUGAUCCAGCACUGCGUGAUACUGCAGGUGAUAUUUUUCUGGAGAGAGCCAGGAUUUUGCUUGAUUUCGAGUGGGAUGAUUUCAGAGUAUCCACUGUGCAGUCCUUGUUGCUACUGAGUAGCCAUCAAAAUGGCGCUUUAAAAAAUAUCCGUGGUUGGUUGUAUAGUGGUUUGGCCUUCCGAAUGUGUCAAAAUUUAGGUUUAAACAGAAAUUGUGAUACUUGGAACCUAUCAGAUGCUGAAAAAGAAGAGCGGAAGCGUGUGUUUUACUGCAGUUUUGUAGUGGAUCGAUUGACAUGUGCCAUGCAUGGAAGAGCACCCAUGAUUGACGCCCGUGAUCUGGACACACCCUACCCCUCUGAAGUCGACGAAGACGACAAAAACAACAAACCCACCAUUAUUGAAGACUUUCACCAACUGAUCAAAUUAUGUGAAAUUCUAGGCGAGAUUCUGUGCCAACUGUACAUGGUCAAGGGACGAAAGCAAAUUGCUAUGAUGGCUUCUCCUGAUGCAGUGAUAUCCAAGCUUGAUCGUGCUCUCAACAAGUGGAUGGCCAAAUUGCCCGCUUGUCUGCAGUAUCGACCUCCCAAUACUCGCAUGGCCGAGAAAGCGCCUGCUCCCAAAUUGGAGAUCUGUCAAAUCCACAUGCUCUUUUACACCAGUUUGAUCCUGCUCCAUCGACCAUUCAUUCCUGGCCCCACACAAACUGGUACGCCUUCUGUAUUCCCAUCAGCAUCGAUCUGUACAUUUGCUGCCAACAAAAUCCUGGAUAUUGUCGAAUGUUUGAUGGCAGAAGGAAGACUGAAGAAUGUCAACAACUACGCACUCUAUUUCAUGUUCACAGCUGGCAUCAUCUUUAUCAACGAUGCCCUUUCAUCCGAUGCCAUGUUUGCCUUUGAAGCAAAGAUCAGUAUCAACAAGAUUAUCCGUGCCAUGGACGAAGUAGAGACUACCUGGAUUACAUCAGCUCGCCAUUGCAAUAUUCUCGGUGAGCUGGCAGGUUUGAGGGAUAUCAACUUGGAGAAUGUGGAUGAGGGAUACAACAGGCCAGCGCCUGCUAGUGACGCAUUGAAGCCACCAGAGGCAUUAUCCAUUGCAGUGCCAAAUUCACCCAUCAUACCACUCAACAACGACGCACCACCACCAUCACCACUGGAAUUCAGAAACCCCAUCGAUGCUCAACGAGGCACCGAGCACAAGUUUCCCGAAUAUCUUACUCAAUACGCGAAUAAUAUGCCAGUGAGCAUCAAGAAUGAGAGUGUAACAGAUUCGCCGUACAAUAACAACAACAAUACAGCCAGCGCGCAAUCUACACCACUCACCUAUAACACCACACCGCCAAACAACAACUACGCAUCGACGCCAACUAACAGAGGGGACAAUGCUAGAUUGAGCUAUCCUAGCGGUGAUAGGCCAUUUGAUCCCAUUGGCACUGCCUUCUGGGGUGUGCCCAUGUCGUUUGAUAUCGAUGAGUGGAAUAGCUAUUUCAGCAACCAGAAUUUCAGAUCUCAACAACAGCAAGACCAGCCCUCGCAGAACACAAAUGAGCCACUGUCCGCCAUGAACAUGAAUCAAUCACAGCCUUCACAACAGCAGCAAACACAAUUACAAUUACAGCAGCAAUACGAGCAGCAGCAGCAGCAGCAGCAAAAUGCAGGGCCACAACAGCAAAGUGGCAUGUGGUAA